UGGUGGGGGAUAGAACACCGGAAGCUGGAGGAGGGGGAGGUGGAGGCAUCGACGGACCUGGAGGAGGAGGCGGAGGAGGCACAGGAGGAGGAGGUACUGGAGGAAACGGCAGUGGAGACGGCGGCGGCGGGGGCGGCGGAGGAGGAGGAGGAGGAGGAGGAGGAGGAGGAGGCAGAAUGACCACUUUCAAAUCAGGUCUAAAGGGCGCCAGUCAAGUUCAGUUCAGCCUCAAUUUGAUAAGGGCGGCGCAGAGGGAGCUUCAGUUCUUGUACUUCGUGAACAGACACCCGGCACUCUACAGAGGACCGCUGGUGAAGAAGGCCAUUCAGAGAUACGAGAUGCUGUGGCUCCCUCUGGCCGCCAACUGCACAGAGAAGAUCCUGGCGCCUCCCUCAGACGUGCACUGGGUAUGGUAUGUUCAUAUGUUGGCGCCGGAACAUUACGUGCGUGACUGCAAGAACGUGGUGGGACAGAUUGUGGACCAUAAGCUGUUUAAAUUGAAGGCGCUGAAGAAGGCACACAAGCGGACGAGGAAGCUAUGGCUGGAAAUGUACCCAGACGAACCUUUUGAUGUUAUUCUGGACGGGUCACAGCCAGUCGAGCUCAGCCCAUACACGUCCCUUAUUAGUUACGACCUGGAGGCGGCAGUGGGAAGGCAGAGCAUGUUCUAUUACCAGGUGUCGCUGCCGCACUGCCUCAUGAAGACCUACCUGAAGGAGGCUGUGGAAAGGUACAAGAAAUUUAUAUACCUGAAGGCAGUUAACCCGAGCGAGUUCCUGGUUCCCUGCUACGAUAUGGAUAUUGUGUGGCACGCCCAUAUGGUACACCCCAAGAAGUACCAAAAGGACACACAACGUAUUCUGGGUCGCAUUUUGAACCACGACGACUCAAUCAACGACAGGACACCAGGAUCCAAGCUCACCACUUCGGACGGCUCGACGCGGCGGCUGUGGGCUAAGACUUUCGGCGAGCACUUCUCCCGCAACGGCGCCAUGUUUAGAGGGGACCCGCCCGGCUGUGUGAUCGAACCCGUGCCUGCGGAACUCAAAAAGACCGCCAUGGGAUCUGCCUUCCAACUCCACGUCAGGAAGGUGGCCAUCGGCGGGGCUCCACCUGGGACGCUUAAAAUCAAACUUAUACACCAGUUUCGGAACCUGGAGAAACAGAGGCUUGGCAAAAUCACGAUCUUCAAGGAACACGGUUUUGACAUGUCCGAACACAACAUUGCUGACCUUGGCUUCGAGUUCACGCUUCCGGACAAGGUGGUGCGGGAUCAGUUUGUGCUUGAGAUGGUGAGUCAGCGGGACAGUUUCAAGUCACGGCUGGGUAGCGGCUCUCAGAACUUCGAGUGCAACGGCCACUUUGACUUCACAGAGCUGCUCAAACUGCGAGACGACACAGCGACCAUCAUCAAGACGUUUAUUGAGCGGGACAUUCGGGUGGAGCUCACAUUCGGAAUCCGUGUGGUGCAGGCCCAUCACUACACCACCAUGGCAGUCCUCACAGGCCCCUUCAGACCCACAGCCGUCGAGCCAGCCACUGUGCGCUCCCUCUACGGUAUCGUGCCCAACCUCGCCUCUCCUGGUGACAACGCUGAUAUCUACAAGGCUGAGAUGGCGACACACAGGAUAGUAAACGAGACGUGGCCGCACCGCCCUCAGGUUCUGGAAGUGGAGGUAUACCACUCCCGCACCCUCCUCCACUCCGCGGUGCACCUGUACGCAGAGAGCUCGAGUGGGAGACAUCUGGUGGCUGUCUCGCACACUGUAGACAAUAAUACAGUGCCCACGCCCCAGGACCUCGCCUACUCCAAUGAGGGCUCCCACAACUUCAGGACCAUCUCUCUCAACCCGCGGCGCGGCGAGCGAGGCAUGGUCAUCAAGACUCACGAGGGGGACUGGGCGCUGGUCACGGCGGAGUGGGCGGGGCUCUGCAACGGGGUACCCUCAGACGGGCGUGGAAGGCCAGGCUCCCCCGGCCACCUGGCGCUACACAUCCACAUGCUGCGCCAGUUCCAGCACCGCUCCGUCAUUCUGCCGUACGAGAGGCGAGAGUACACCUUCUGUCUCGGCGGCGUCACCAUCGACAUGGAGAGAGGCGUGUUGGAGGUCGGAGUUGGCAACCCGUGCCUGGUGGAGAACGUCUCGCUGGCCCUGAGUGCUGCAGUGCUCCACGUGCUGUGCCAGCCUCGCCCAGACCGCCCUGUGGUGGGCCAGACCAACCGCAUUCCUGUGGAGAAGCUGAGCUUGCUGCACGCUCUCGGCUACUACGCAGACUCCACGCCUCACAACUCCUUCCUCAGGUCCUGCAUCGGCGACGGCUGCGGCGGCUGCGGCUCGUGCGGGGGCUGCGGCGGCUGUGGCGGCUGCGGUGGGUGUGGGGGGUGUGGCGGCUGCGGUGGCUGCGGUGGCUGUGGCGGUUAAGGCUUCCUGAACUUAGGCAUUCAUGUUGGUCUGUUUCCUUUCGUCUGGCCUGAGCAUUUCUUCCCCGUUUUCUGUUCCCCACAUGAGGAAUUGAGGGGAAACCCUAGCGUUCAGGGCUGGACCUGUUAACGGGGACUUGGUGGUGGCUGUGGUGAUGCUGGCUCUUCCACCCUCCCUUCCUCAACCACACCAUACCUCCACCCUUCCCUCCACACCCGAACUUUCGUCAGCAGGGCAGGAGCAGACGCCCAGGCCACAGCAUCACCACGGCCGAGGUUGAGUCAGUCUGCUCACGAGUUCUGCCCGGCGCGGCAACUUUUCCUGUCCACACACAAAUGAAUUCAAAAGAUACACCAUAGAACUAUUUUGCAGGCGAGGCAGUUUGUACGAACACCCACCACUAUAGAGUUGCUCAUGAUACGUACCACAGUAGGAGAUUCCCGUGUAGGUCAGUCAGUAACUUCUCCAAUAGUCUGAUGGUAGCCUGUUUUGUAGUGUCAUACCGACUAGCAGUUUGUACCAGACGUAAGACAAAGGCGCUAUCCAAGUAUCUGAUUACUACAGAAAACUCACCUACUCUUCGUUUUCUAUCCCCGGUUUUCUUUGUAUUUAUGAUUCUUUUCUAUUGGUUUUGUAUCCCUUCUCUUUCCUCUCUCCUCCCCAUCCAUCCAUCCAUUCAUCCAUCCAUCCCAACCUCCACUCAAGCGAAUUUUAACACUUCCUCACUAUACUGGACUCCACUACCUCCACCUCCGCUACCUCCCCGACCGCCUACCUCCUCUCCCACUCCGCCCCUCCACCUUCCCCUCCUCUUCUUGCUUACACGACUCCUCGCUGUUAGUCAUUCUUAGUAUUUGUUUGUUUCUGUUUCUUUCUGAUAAAUUUUCAAUCAGUUCUUUAUAUUUUUUUUACUCUUUUUUAUUGGUUUAUUUGAUUUCAUACAAACCUCUCUCUCUCUCUCUCUCUCUCUCUCUCUCUCUCUCUCUCUCUCUCUCUCUCUCUCUCUCUCUCUCUCUCUCUCUCUCUCUCUCUCUCUCUCUCUCUCUCUCUCUCUCUCUCUCUUUUUUAAAUGUUAUCAGCCACUUAAGGUCAUGAUUUCCAAUGGUGAAUUUUUAUUGUGUACUUACUGAAGUAUUUAUUUAUUUAGUCAUGAAUGUGUAUGUACCUGCACCAUAAUUAUAGUGUAUAUUUAGUGUUAUUUUCGCAGUAUUUUGUGUAUUUCAUUUUUAUCAAGCAUUUCUGAAACGACCUGAAAUCUUCAACAUUUCCUACUUUACAUUAACUUAUACCUACUUUUCUCUCUUUCCUCGUCUGUGUUUUUACUUCCUCUUGUUAUAUUAUUUAAUAUCAUUUUCCUUUCUUUUUUUUUUCCUAUGUCUUGUAUUACAACAACAAAAAAUCACCUUGUAUGUCACGAAGUACUCAAAUUAUUCGCUGGUUUCCUCUUUUCAUUCCCAUUUCCUUCAUUUCCUUCAUUGCAUUCACUCACUCAUUCCCCGGUAUCAACAAAGCGAGAGUUGACAUUGGACCAAUACAUUAUAUUUUUGACAAAGCGUCUUAAUUGUUGUGUCUAAUCCACCAUCCCUUCACCUUUGCAAAUCCCACACACACCUAGCCCAUCUCCCCUUCCCUGACUACCCCUAACCCAGCACAACUUUCCUUUGCCCCUCCCUACACGCCUCCAGAUGAUGCUAGCAUGCUUAUGUAAAAGCUACGAAACACACUAGUCAUUUAUAUAAAGUACGUCUAGUGAAGAAUGUAAAAAGUAGACUCCUCCACAUCCCCUAUUUUCUAGCGAGAGUACCUGGGUGUAGCACCGCUUUCGUUGUGCUGUUCAGAAGGUGUAGAGAUGUAGGGUAGUGUGUGUGUGUGUGUGUGUGUGUGUGUGUGUGUGUGUGUGUGUGUGUGUGUGUGUGCGCGCGCGUGUGAUUCCGAUUUCCAUUCUAAACGUUUCAGCGUCUUCACUAAUUGGCAGAGUUGGAAGUUGCUAUAAUCUUGCGAAGCGUUAGUGUGGCUCUGGUGAUACAGUGAUUAAGACAAGGGUUAUGUGUCACUAGCCAUAAACAAUAGGCGUGGCAAUUACUAGAGCACAGGAGUGUUACCGUGGCUCCAGUAUUUGUUAACCAAGGACACUGCAUUACCAGUAACAACAGACUAGAGUGGAAAUUACUAGUGAUAUCCUGAGUAUUAAGAACUUUGCCACAGUGUUAGUAGCGUAACGCAGAGGACUGGAGUGGGUUUUCAUCGUGUUAUCGUGGCUCCAGUGAUACAGUUCAGUAGAUUGUGCUUUAUCAGCUGCUACAAACACGCGAGUGGAAGUUAUUUGGGUUUUCAGGGUUGGUGAUGGGGCUGCAGUGAUUAUUUUUUAAGGACCUAGCGUCGGCAGUGGCAGUGGCCUUUCAUAAUACUACUAAUGAGCAAAGUGGUUUAAAAUCUACGCUUUUGGCAGGCUCGAUGAGUUUGUAUAGAAAGGCUGCAUUUGAUUCACUUUAAUACCAUCACUUGGGGAAAAAUUCGCUUUGAGAUCAUGAAUGAUACUUGUGUUUUCAUGAUUCAGUAGUUUGACCAUUGGAGAGAAGAAAAAUAUGAACUCGAAUGAUAUCUACAACCAGUGUUUUGAUGCUUCAAUAGCUGUAACCAUCAAGCAAACAUUAGUGAGAAUCCGGAUUUGUAGACUAAUUUCAUGCUUCACUUGCUAAACACUUAGAAAAAAAAGCACAACCAGAAAAGUAAUCAGUGAGGUAUACUGUAUAUAGUUUCACGAUCAAAUACUUCACACACACACACACACACACACACACACACACACACACACACACACACACACACACACACACACGAACCUAAAAUGAUAAAUAAAAACUAAUACGCUCUAGAAAAACACUAAGAUUCUGAUAUGCUCAAACAGUACGAGAUUGUCCACGAUAGCCUGUGAGUGAAACCAGAGCCAGACGGUUGAAAAGAAAGUAGGCUCAUGCUGGAACAUCACCCUUAUGAGCGUAACAUCAUCGGCAUUCAUGGGAUCACUGCCAUAGACGUACAUCAAAGGUCACAAGUGAAGAGAGAAGUGUGGGGCGUGGUGUGUUUGGCGCGCAGAGAGAGAGAGAGAGAGAGAGGAAAAGUUAGCGUGAUAAUAGCAUUACUGGCACUCUUUACACGCUUCCUCUCACUCUGAUGCCAGUGAGUGAGCAACAAGUCUACCCUCAGCUGUGUAGCUUCCAAUCAUCUGCGAGACUCGUAAUGGGACGGCUGAAGCACGUUACUGUGUGUGUGUGUGUGUGUGUGUGUGUGUGUGUGUAAUCCCAUAAGUGGUGAUAAUAGUUAAGCAUGACCCUGAGGGGUGAGCGAAGCACUUGAGUCAGUGCUGAAGGACGCAGCCAAGCAAGGAAUGCUACAUGUUAACGGCUGCUGGUAUGUUUGUUUCGCCUUCCCUUAAUACUCGCGCACUCCACUCCACAUUCACCGUCUCGCCAUUAUCGACUGCUCACAUCACCGCCACCCACCUAGGCAGUGUGCUAAGAGUAUCACGGUAUAUGAAAUGACACGAGCAUCAUUCUUAUAGACAACAAACCCAAAUGCAGUGUCUGUACGAUGUGUUUUCCUGACACUGAAGGCUUUUCUUUUUUUUCUUUUAUCUUUUUUUUCGCGGGAUUUGAAGCGUGUGUCUUGUGUCUGUGUGUUUGUGUGUGUGUGGGUUGGAUGUGUGAGAUGGUGAGCCGAACAUCCGUGUUGGUGUGAAGGUUAGCAGUGAGAGAGUCUCUUCAUAGAGACUCCUUGUGUGUCCCUCUGUGCGUGGAGGUGGAAGAGAAGGCUUCUUAAAAGGAGCAGCAUUGGUCUACCUACCCCCUGCGCCCCUAACAAGUUACGCUACCACUGCACAACACACGCUACGGUCUACAGUACAUCCCUCAAUUCACACCAUCUUCAUGUAUAACCCACUACGUAGAAGAGAGGAGGAGAGAAGGAACAAGAAACGAGAUGACUAGCCUGAAACAGCGGAAGGAUCUGUUUUUCCCCGUCUAGUAAGUGACCAUAACUGCGAGGGAACGGGAAGGAACUGAGGGGGAAAAAAACAGCGAGGCGUGGUGACAGACGGAACGUGGGGAGAGAGAGAAGGGUGGGAAAGAGUAAAGAAAGAAGGAACGUGGCAUCAGGGCGUGGUAGGCGGAGGGGAGCAGACGAGAC